AUGGGAUCAGCUUACGAUCGCCGUGGUGCUGUUCAUCGCCGUAAAUUGGGUGAUGCAAUGGCUCGCCGUCUCUACACCCAAUUAUGUCUAUUUGCUGGUGUCAACGAUCGCGAUCGUGCUGAUGAUGUUGAUAUUGCCAUGAAGAACAGCAUUAAGGUAGAACGGGCUAAGCUGAACAUUACCCAAAGUGAUCUUGCAGCGCAGAUCAAGGUGUCCAAGCAAACGAUCCAUUCCAUUGAAUCCGGUCGUUUUACGCCAUCGACCAUUAUUGCGCUGAGGAUAGCACGGUACUUUAAUAGCGCUGUAGAAAAUAUCUUUCAGCUUGAGGAAGAUGAAAUAAAAGUUGAACCGAACAACAUCUAUAUUCUUCCAAGUAAUAAAAUGCUUGUGGCAAAUGAUGGUAUUCUGGAACUUAGCCCCCGCCCAUCCAAGAGUAAAAAUGAGCGCAACCUCCCAAUUGAUCUGUUCUUUUCUUCGCUUGCAGAAGUACACCAGGCACAUGCCAUAGGAAUUGUUCUUUCCGGCACACAAUCUGAUGGAACUGCCGGACUACGUAAAAUAAAGGAACAUGGGGGGACAACUUUAGCGCAGGACGAAGCCUCCGCCGCUUAUGAUGGGAUGCCACAAAGCGCUGCGCUGGCAGGGGCAAAAAAAGCAAGCCCCGAAUUUGACUUACAGAAAGUCAUUGAUGAAGCGAUCCUGGCAAAUUACGGGGCUACUGGAGUACUUAUCAAUGAUAAUAUGGAAAUUGUACAAUUCCGGGGACAUACGAACGACUACUUGGAGCAAACCUCUGGUAAGCCCACGCUUAAUUUGCUGAAGCUUGCAAAAGCAGACCUCUCUUUCGAACUGCGUAGCAUUAUACAACAAUCAAAAUCAACACAAAGGCCAUUACGGAAGGAAGGGAUCGCAAUGUCAGUAGGUGAUAUCCAGCGCACUUUGACAAUUGAUGUAAUCCCAAUAACAGGAUUGACUGAUACUGGCUAUCUUAUCCUAUUUAAUUCAAUGAUACUGCCGGUUCAAAUGAACGUAAUGCCUGCAGGCGUAUUACCAGAUACCAGGGAUUUUCGUAUUAUUCAACUCGAGCAAGAACUUGCCCAAAGUAAGGUUGACCUCCGUACAUUAUCUUCUGAAAUGGAGCAGGAAAGUGAAUAUCACCAACGUGCAAAUGAAGAGCUAUUGAGCAGUAGCGAAGAAAUGCAAAGCCUGAAUGAAGAAUUGGAAAGUAGUAAAGAGGAGCUUCAGAGUACAAAUGAUGAGCUCACAUUUCUAAACGUUGAACAAGGCAAUUUAAAUGAUCUGCUACAAUCAGCUAAUAAAGCACAGGAAAUCCUUCGGAAGAAAAUGGAAGCCCAGGCUUUAAUGACCGAGGAGCUGCUGAUGAAUGCACCGGGAUUCAUCUGCACCAUGACAGGUCCGGAGCAUGUAUAUGAAAUGGUAAACUCACGUUACCAGCAACUUUUUGGGAAUCGCAAAAUUAAAGGGAAACCUAUUAUGGUUGCCUUGCCUGAACUGGAAGGCCAGGGCUUUGAUACCAUAUUGGAUAACGUGUACACAACAGGUGUCCCAUACGUGGGUAUUGAAAUGCUAAUCACAUUGGCCAGGGAUGAAAACUUAAUGCCGGAAGACCGUUACUUUAAUUCCAGCUACCAGCCGAUGUAUGACGAGAAUAAAGAGAUUUAUUCCAUUCUGGUCUUUGGUUAUGAGGUAACCGAGCAGGUAGUUGCAAGGGAUAAAAUAUCCAAGAUGCACAUGGUCCAUUCAAAAGAACUGGAAGAAAAAGGAAGAUGUUCCACCGCUGAUCAGGAUUUCGAGCGUUACUAUGGAAGGCAGCCAACUAAAGGCAGAAAGCCACGGUACAACCUUAGAUGCUUUGUCGUCGAAGAAAUCUUAUUGCUGCAUAACAGUUACCGAUAA